GAGCGCCUCAGUGAGGGUUGUGACGGAAACUGGGCGGGACGCUGCGAGCGUGUGGCGCGCGUCCUCCCACCAACUGGCGCGCGGGUCCGAGCGCCAGCGUUGCAGCCCUUCAGGCCCCAUUUCGCCGGCGGCCGCAUGCAGAAGCGGCACAUACAGCCACGAGUUGGUGGCCAGAGCACUGCAAUCCCGAGGAGGGCCGCAUGUGGACCACGCGGGGAGGCGGGGUGGCGAGGUGCGCUGAGCGGGUGGGUGGGGUGCGGCUGGAGGGGCUGGAGCGCUCGUGAUUGCGUCCGCAGCCGGGUGAGCGCACCCGCCAGCGCAGCUCCAGCCCGCGGACCCGGCUACGCGGUCAAGCGUCCACCGCAACUGGGCCCCGCAGCGAUUGCACGGGUUACCGGCUUCGGCAGGGAUUGCGAGGGAGUCGAGGUGCACGUCCUCGGCACAGCCGGGGCAGACCCAACUGGGGCGCCAGGCUGCAAUGCCAGCGCUGUGUCGGAUCGGGACUGGCGCCCACUGCAUUUCGCGAUCCGGGAGAGGAACGAAUUCGACUCCGGCUGUGCCGUUAACGGCGGCGACGCGAUGGCAGCACAGGAGGGUAACCCCUGGCGGUGGACGAGGCUCCGGCGCAUCAUUGGAGGUGAAUGUGCGGAGCGCGUAGUCGCGGAUUGCCGCGCGUACCGUGGAUUCGCCGGCGCUGCGUUCGGGGAAGGGGGCACCGUGGAACUGGCAGAGGGAGCGGAGUGCCGCAUCAUCUGCCCCGGACCAGGUAGGGAAGGGGACGGGGAGCUGGUCCGCCGGAGCAGCCGGCAGCAGGAUACGGACAACGGGGAGCGCGGGGCCUGUGAGGCGCGCUCCGGCGUGGCUGAGCGUGAU